UGCAGGUUUGCAGAAGCAGCAGAGCGGAUCACAUACCAGCAAAGGGCGUAUUGAUGGUCCCUCGGCUCGUCGUUAACUGUGCGCCUAGCGUAAUGGCCUUCGACAAUCACAUGAGUGGAAAGUUUGGCUGCCAUCUACGUGGUUAGUGAGUCGCGCAUAGCGAGCGCGUACCUGAACAGGUAAAGCUCGGGCGUUUGUUCGCAUGCGCCGCCAUAUCAAGUGUAGUUGAAAGCAAACGACCAUUAUUCUCUAACACAGCUAGGUGUACUGGAGCUUAACCGCGUGCAAAACCUGCAUCAUCCAGGAUGGAGGCUUCCAGUGUUUUCUAUCAGCUCGUUAUCUUUGUAAUACUGUUCACACUGACAAAUCAGCAGACUGGCCGACGAAGGAGUGAAGAGUCAUACAGAUGCUAUUCCUGCGGAUCCAGUGACCUGACCAGUGCUAAGUGUGGAGAGCGAGAAACACCGACGACUGUCGGCUGCUGCCAGGAUCCAUUUGACCACCAACUCAUAUUGAAUGCGAUGACUGACCGCACACCUGUUGGUAACGAAGGCAUAGUGGAAGACUGCGAACUCUGCUUAAAGAUCAAAUACAGUUGGAAAUGGAGAAGGCCUGACGUGUAUUACAAGAGGAUUUGUGUAGUAAAUGGCCGUGACAAAGCUUAUGAUGAACUCAUGUCAAUUCUGGACAUAAGAUACAACGCAGACAAGUGGUGGCCGGACACACCACGAGAGGACAGGUGGAGAAGCAACCAGCAGGUGAAGGAUUUGAAGGCGCUACAAAACGGUGCGUGUCUACGUCGAACGGAGGAAACAGCCGUUCACGAUCUUUUCUUGGACAUUUGUUCUUGCAAGGGUGACUUGUGCAAUGGCGCAAUCAGUGUGAGGAUGUCAGCAGCUAUGCUGUUUGUGACAUUUGCCUUCAUCAUGAUGUUAUAGACCAUGCAGCACACGUGCCAGCAAGAGCUAAUUCUAUAUAACUAUGAGGAUCAAUGAUUAGCUCUUAAAGACAGGUUAUAUGAAUCUCAUUUUGAGAGGGUGAGUUGGAAAGAGGCAGAAAUGCACACAUGGGGGAGAGAAGUGGUUAUUCGGUCCACGAUAGCAUUCAGUAUCUAAUUUGCGUGGUGCAACCGAUGUGCAUAUUAAACUCGCAUGCAUGUGCCACACAUCAAUGCUGUUAUGUUGUUCACCAUGUGUACAUAGUACAUUUCAAGUAAAUCUCUCUACACCUCUGUAUCGGUGGUGUGAAUGCACGAGGAAAGACUGCACAUGUCAAUUCACAUAAUACACCAAAGUGCCUAGGUAACAAUUUUAAGGUCAGUUUAGAUGCAUUUAUUUUGUAUUGUAACUUUGGUUGCUUCCUGUGUAGUUUUUCAAAGGCCAUUUGUGAGGAAUUUAUGAAAAUACUCAGCCUAUUUGACAAAAGCAUAAAUUCAUUUGGGUAUGGAGAGACACUCUUGGGAAAACCCAUUAAAUCUUCUGUGAGAAUACUCAACCUAUUAUUUGAUAUAAGGAAAAAUUCGUUUGUGUAUAGAAACUCUGUUAGGAAAACCUUCAUUACUUUUAAAAGGUGUAUAUAGGUAGAUAUAGUGUGUGGCUGGGUUGUGUCUUAAACAAAUUGUUCUUAUUUUAAUUGCACUUGUGUACAUAUUUAAGUUGCAAUUCAAUACGUGAGGUUUUAACCAAGCAUGACAUGCACAGUGUGUUAGUAUGUCAUCUAUUUGAUCCGUUCUCAGUGGAACAAGCUAUUUAGUGUGUCUGUCAUCAAAUCAUCAUUAUCCAGCUUCAUAUUCAAGUAUCACGUUUUUUGUAAAAAAAAAUGUUGCAAUUGGUACUUCACUGGAGUAAUUAUUUUUGGUAGUACAUUUUUAAGAGGAGCGUGGUGAACCAUUGCCUGAGAUAAUCGAGGAUCUCAUGAAUCUCAUGAGCAUAGAGCAUCAUAGUAUUAUUUCACAAAUGGAUUCUCCUAACAAAUUUGUUGCAUAUCUAUACCAUGAUGGGUGCUUUGUCCUAUCUCUGUUUGUAUCAUAUAUUCUGACUAAUAUUCUGCAACUGCUAUUCCUACUUCUUCAGUCUUAAGAAGGUGAACACUUAAUUGCUUUUAAUUAUUGUACUCUUAUAGAAUGUUUAGCAUUGCACGAAUCUCUUAAGUAUCGACUUCUGACCAGUCAGAUGUUAAAACAUCACAGUAGCAAUGCUAUUCAAAAUAAGCAAAUACUUGGAAUAUUCACCUGCACGUUAAAAUAUACAUCCUGGUUUGCAAUACAUCCAACAUCACUGCUUAUUCCCAGAAUAGCAUUACAACUGGCAAAUCACCAGCGCGAGAUAUCCAGAAGAAGUUUAAUAAACAAUAAUUGUUUUACAAAUAA